GGCCGGCGGCGUGAAGAUCUUUCCAGGCCAAAAUCAUCCGGCAAGCUUCACCAAUGAGCUUGCGCAGUGAACGCCGUGAUCAGCCUCAGCUCAGCGGCCAAGGAAGCUGAACAAGGACCAUGGCAGCGACGUCUGUACGAGCGGCAAGUUGUUGAUCAUAAGACGCGCGACAGUCCAUCCUGUCCCACCCUGCAACCCAGCCAGAAAGCCCCACCAGCGACCAGCCAAAAUGCAAGACACACAGACAGCAAACGGCAAAGAAACCAGCCAGAAUGAGCAACCCAUCCACAUACGCAUCGAGCAGAUCAUCCGCGCUGCCUACCACGCCAUCAACGAACGCGACUUUGCGCCCACCUCAGAGCCCUGGCAGAGCAGCUUCUCCCCCAAUUUUGCCGAUGACUGCAGCGGCAUUCCGCACGAUGCCAGAGUCUACAUCGCCAAGCAGUACCCUGGCGACAUGUCCGACCUCGAUAUUGACCUACACGUCUCCAAACUCGUGACAAAUCUCCAAGCAUUCUUGCACGUCGAGCAAUUCCUUUCCAAUGCCUGUCCGGAAUAUCGCUAUGAAGUUGGCGAGGAGAUGCAGGUUUCUGUUAUCCGGAAAGCAAAGUAUGCUUCUGUCAUUGCACAUGUGCAUAUGCUUGGACUCCCGCCAGGAACCAGAAGACCGAGUGUGACGUUGUUCGAAUUUGAGAGGGAUGCGGAUGGAGGUUGGUGGUGUGUGAGGAGUAAAAAUAUGCCGGGGCUGCAUCAGAUGGAUUGAUGGGAGUUGUGCUCGCACAAUAACUCCGCGCUGGGCGUUCGCACUCUGAGCGUCCACUGUUGAAAGAAGCGAGCUCGACGUCGCUUGCAAAACCGGUUUCGCCGGUCUUGCUUUGCUACACCAAGACCAGCUUUACUAAAAGCACGCCCACAGCGACGAUCAUCAUGACCAAAAUCCGGGGCCCCGGACUCGUCCUUCUCGUCCGCCAAACUGCAAGUCCGCUCUGUUGAUUUCUCGCUUAGAACCAGCUAGGCUGUGGGCGAGUGAAUCCGGCAAAGAU